AUGCCGAAGAAGGGCUCGACACCCCCGAAGCGCCCUCUGGCGGCUGACAAGGGGAAGGGGAAGGCCAAGGCCGUUGCGGACGACGACCAUGGCAGCACCAGCGCCGGCACCAGGAGCGACACGACGCCGCAGUCACAGACGACACAGGCUGGGCCGUCGACGUCCAACACGCUGCUUCAGCUGUCGAAGCGCAGACGUGGGCUGGGGGUUGUGACGCCCAAUGCCUGCACGGAAUGCCGCAAGAAGCGAGCAAAGUGCGACGGCCAGCAGCCUUGCGCGCGCUGCAAAACCACAAAGGACGCUGACUGCGUCUACGAAGUUCCCGUUCGCCAAUCCAAAGAAACCCUGCGUACGGAAAUCGAGUCCCUGCGCCUGCGCCAGCGCUCCUCCGACCAAGUCUUUGGCGCCUUGAUACAGCCGCAUCUGUGGGAAGAGGUGCUGGCGCGCCUUCGCGGAGGCCAGUCCGUCGACAGCAUCUCCGAGUGGCUUGGGAGCGUCAAUGUCACCGAGGCCCCCCCGAGCUCGAUCUAUACACAGCAUGCUGAUCCCACCAUGAUGGACCACAACUUGGCCAUGGCAGCCUAUGGUGCUUCUGGAGCUCCCAUUCCGACCAUGUCUCUCACAAUGGAUCCCGGGUCGAUUCCCAUGGAGAUGGGGGGUCCGGCCAGUCCUUGGCACUUUUCGUCACAAAGCCAGGGCGGCUCGACCCGGAGCGGCUCUCACCCGGACCUGAUGAACUGGACCUCCGAGAUGAGUGUUGCACCACCACAGUCGCGGGUUGGCUCUUGGGCAGAGAGCAUGCACACCGACCACCUCACCGACGGCAUGCACCGAUACCGGGGGAUCGAGCAAGUUCUGGCGCCGCUGAACGAGCCUGAAAUCAAGCAGCCGGCUGGGACCUGGACCAGCAUCACCAACGACUUUAACUUGGUCCAGCACCUAUUGGCCCUGUACUUUUGCUGGGAGUAUCCCACCUUUGCUUCGCUCAGCAAAGAGCAUUUCCUCCGCGAUUUUCAGGAUGGAAGGCAUCGGUACUGCUCUCCAAUACUCGUCAAUGCGCUGCUUGCCCUUGGCUGUCGAUUCUCUACCCAGCCCAUGACCAGAGCCAACCCCAACGACCCCUAUUCCUCCGGCGAUCACUUCUUCAAGGAGAGCCAACGACUCUUCAACGAGGAGACGGAUCACCACUCGUUGACGACCAUCCAGGCUCUAGGCAUCAUGUCGAUCCGCGAGGCCAGCUGCGGCCGUGACUCGGAGAGCUGGUAUUACGCUGGCCAGAGCAUAAGGCUCGCUGUGGAGAUGGGCCUGCAUCGCAUCCACGACGAGGACGACGAAGAUGAGCUGGCCGUCCAGUCGGCCACCUUUUGGGGAGCUUUUGCCUUGGAUCAUGCAUGGUCUUUGGCCACGGGCUCGCUGCCGCAGUGCUCGUGCUUUCCUCACCUGCCACCCAAACCGGCCAUCAUCGGCGACAUAGAAGCCUCGCUCUGGGUACCGUAUACCGACGACGGCGAGCCGUUGCAACGGUCUUGCGAGCAGCCAUCCAAUUCUCUUUAUGUUCUCCAUUCUCCCGGGAGGCCCCUUACCGCGAGGGAUCUCUUGAAUAUUUACACUCAGUACCUGAACUGGUACGACCGCAUCCCCGAGGUGUUGAGGCUGGGACACAACUUUACUCCGGCUGUCUUGUUUGCUCACAUGUACUAUCAUUUCGCCAUCCUCCUCCUCUUCAGGCCCCUGAUCAAGCUCCGUAUCAUCGGGUCCAAGGUAUCGCCGCGAGACGUUUGCUCGCAAGCUGCCGAUGCGAUUCAGGGCUUAUUAACGUCAUAUGCCCAGCUCUAUACGCUUCGUAGGACGCCGUCAUUUGUACCAUAUUUCGUCCUGACGUCAGCCAUUAUGCAUCUGGCCAUAGGUGCUAGCAUGGUCAAGAGCGACGGCUCCGAAACCAGCGAAGAGAAGAUGAAGAAGGCAGCCAAAAUAGACCCGCGUGUGUCCGAGGCCCUCAGUCGGGGCAUUGCGGAUUUGACGGAGAUGGCGCCAUGCCACCACUUUGCCGAGCAGGCGUUGAACAUCUUGCGAUACCUGGCCAAGAAGUGGAACAUUGAGGUCAAUGUCGACGGAGACAAGGUGCCGCCCGAGGACCCCGACAACCUGGUGAGGCCUUACUCGAGCAGCCUCAACUUUUUUGCGCCAAACGUUCAGGAGAGCGACUUUAUGUGCGGGUGGGGGCCCAGCGCCGAGAUGGUGGAAACGCUGCAGGCGCCCAAUAUCAAGAAGACGGCCGAAACGGUGGAAAACCCGCUCUUCUGGCCGUUUCCGAUGCAGGGGAGACCGCUGCUGCCUGUUGGCCCGGAACUGGAGCAGGCUGGUUUCAUCAAAAUUUGA